AUCUGACGGUGGAAGGAAACUUGAGCUGAAGGACCAGAAUGGCUGCACACAUUAAACACCUGGAAUUAUACUUUCUUUGACAAAACCUCAGCCAAAUAAGUUUGGAAGGAACUCCUCUGAACUCCUACAGAAGCUAGCUCACAUUUCUCUCUGUGGAUUAUAAGUAACAGACUGCCAUCAUGCCGAUCCUCAAGCAGCUGGUGAACAACUCUAACCAGUCCAAGAGACGGUCCCGCGCAGACCUGACCGCCGAGAUGAUCAGCGCUCCAUUGGGCGACUUCCGCCACACCAUGCACGUUGGCCGCGGAGGAGACGCCUUCGGGGAUACUUCGUUUCUGAGCACCCGAUCAGGGGAACCUCCCAGGGAGCCGGAACCUAAGCAGAGCUCCCCGGUGCCCAAACCAGGUCUGCUGUCCCGCACCUUCAGAAGCAGCAAGCGCUCUCAGUCAGUAAACCGGGGCGACAAAUACGAGUACACCAUGACGGGGCCUUCUGGCGGUUCGUCGGCCUAUGUCAAAAACGCCAUAUCCAUGCCUUACCUAAACGAAGAGGAUGUGAACCGAGGCCAACGACUGCCGAAGAGCGUUUCCUCCAGCCCCAUGAAGAGACUGUCGGAGAUCGAGAAGCCAUCGAACGGAGCCGCAGCCAUGGCGACGCUGGAUGCAGAGUUUGACGAGCGCAAUUUCGGCGAACUUACCGAUUUGCCUCCAUUCAUGCCCAAGGGAGGCGGAAUGAAGCACGCGGAGUCCAUGAUGUCCUUCAACAUCGACUUGGGGCCCUCGAUGCUCGGGGACAUCUUGAGCGUGAUGGAAAAGAAAGGCUGGGAGGAGGACGACCUCGGCUACGAGGAGGGCGAGGGCCGGGCGUCGCCUUCCCUCAUCCCCCACAUAGAUGACGAUGACACGGAGGAAAAGGCCCCUUCCAGGCCCCCCCGCAGCAUGUACCAGCAGAAGCCCGUGGUGGAGCCCUACACCCCCGAGCUGCACCCCAGGAACAACCACCACAACGUGGACAGCUGCUCCGUGUCCAGCGCCGGCUCCGUCACCGAGGAGAAACCGCAGUUCCACGACAACGACACGGACAGUGCCAAGUACAGCUCGCCACGUGGGGAGGAAGACCGAGAAUUCACCUUCAUGGAUGAUGACGAUGAUGAGAUUCGAGUGUAGAUGUUUUACCUAUCACUGCCACGAACAGUCUUGAAGGACACUCAUGUAAAAGACCAAGCUGGAAAAGGGCAGUGGAGGGAUUAAGAAGCAGGGGCACAUCUGCUUUUAAGCUUCUUGUAGAUCAAUCUAAUCUCUGCCCACUUUGUUCUACAUCAUAAAUAAAAACCAAUUAAGCCUUAUUCACCGUGCUGUUGCAAGGAGAUAUGAGCCAAGAGCGUGUCAGACGGGCUCACAAAGUGAAACUCUUGCAAAGUUUGGGUUAAUUUGCAACACCAGACUCUGAACUUAUUGAGGAAUUCUCCAUUUUAUAAUAAGACUGGCUCCGAACCGUGUCCUUCUCAAAGGUGCAUUGCUCGAUUUAAUAAGUAAAGGGCGGCAAUAUGGUUAAAGAGCCCUAACCCCAGCUGUCAAUCAAAUGAAUAUCACAUUUGGGGUAUAUUAUGUAAUGUGCGGAGAAGGAUACGUGAAGUCACAAACCAGAUGUGGACGUGUGCUACAGAUUGUGAAAAAGAAAGAGGGAAAGGAAAAGAAGUGGAACUCUGAUAGCUUUGUAAUGUGUGGGAGUGAUCAUGGAGCUCAUGUUGCCAUAACUUGGCAUAGACACUAAAUAGAUAAAGUAGGUUCCUACUUUUGUCCAAGUCUGACUUUAAAGGGUGAUUAUUUUGUACUUUAUAAUAUGUACAUAGAGUAUCUGGAAGUUGGUCUACAGUAGCUCUCUUGUAUUUGAGUUUGGUAGUUUACCAUGUUGCCCCUGUCUCUCUUUGAAAUCUCUCCUCUUUAAACCCAUAGAGAGCUGUGGUAUUUAUUCAACAUGUUUUAUAAGGGAUGGAUCAUACUAAAUGUGCACUGCGAGGUCUUAAAAGUUUAGAUUUCAAGGUUCUCUGAUACGUUGAAUUUCUUACGUCUUAAUUGAACUAAAGAGUUAGCCAGCUUCUUUACGUUGAAGUUGGCUGCCUAGCACUUACAUAUUGGAUUCAAUUAGACAUUCAAGUGUCUAAGUCACAUCACUCCUACUUUCACUGUCAUGGUAAGGCUGUACUAGCUCACAAAAUCACCCGCUGUGAGUGGUUUCAAAUUGCAAAAAUGGUCCUAAAAAGAAGGCCUUAUGUUUGGUGUCAUGUACUUGUCUUUCAACAACAACACAGAAGUUGUGUUUAUUUUUGUAUCUUCACAACUCAUUCCACAUCAUCACUCAGAUGAUAGGCGGGUCAAAGAGAGGCAUGAAAGCGUUUGAAAGGGAGUCGUCGCUGUAGACAAAUUGUUCUAUUCAAAUGAAUAGUUAGGGCUCUAUCCAAAACACACAUCCUCUCUCUAGACAUGUGUUCAGGCGCGUCUCUAAGGGAAGAGAGAGUGUGUUAUUAGAGCGCAGCUACUUAAUAAAGCAUCAGGAAUGUCCCCGGGCAGCGUCACAUAUUUCCUAAACUGGCCCCACAAGUGAUACCUCCUGUACACAACCAAAUCACACAGUAGGAACACAUGAUUAAAUGAACCCAUCAUCUGGCCUACUCAUUAAAUGUGCUGCAUUAUUGGCCCCCAACCAGCUGGAUCUGCUCCACAAACAGCAGGGUCAGGGACGGGCAGGUGGGCGGCUUCUCUUGGUUUCUUUUCUACGAUGCAGGCUCCUACAGGUCUAAAUAAGGUAUCCACGGUUAAUAUGACCCUUUUUUUUCAUUUGGUGUUAAGAAACUAAUUGCCAGGUUUUUGAACUUCCUGUUGACGCAGGGGGUGUGCACGUCGAAUCAGGAUGCUGUGCCAUUCUGCCUCGGGUUAUUGUGAUGUUUCCAAACAGAAACAGGUUUAAAGAAGUUUGUCUUAAAAGCAAUCUAGAGGAAAUUGCCAAGUAUGUUCUAACUUUAUUAUUGGGUAACGUUAGCAGGAUGUAUGAUUGUGUUGUUGUUACUUAUGUGUAGAUAUGCAAAACAGAGUCAGCUCACAUUUUGAUGCCAAUGAGCCAAAAUGGAAGCCGUCUUUACUUCUAUUGGUCCAGAAUGAAAUGGUUUGCGCUGCUGCAGUCCUUCACGUUCAUCGCUAAGAAAUGAACACUCUAAAAAGAGAACAAAAACACUCCUUAUCUGCCGUUGUUUUAAUCAAGUCAUGUACAUAUAGUUAGUGCCAUGGAUGAUUACAUUAAACACUGGUUGUUAUCAGCAGUGUGACGGUGUGGUUCUACCGUGGGAAUGUUAGCGGAGUCAACACUAAAUGGCACAUUUGUGGCCAAAUUGUCGCAAGUCGAAGAGGUUAAUAGAGGAUCAUGGGAAAGUAUACUAAAUUACGCUGAAGUACUUUCUUUGUAUUUUCUUAAUUUUGCUGGCAUUCUUCUUGUUUCUCUUGAGGACACUCCUAAGUAGGCCAGAACAAACUAUUUUAAAAAUAAUUUGCAAGUUCUUUCUGCCCCAGGUCUUAAAGUUUUCUGCGCCCGGACAGCUUUGCUUUGGAGUGGCGGGAAAAGAUAAGGACGUGAAAAACAACCUGCUCAGAGUUCUGCUGUGAAUGUUUUUUCUUUUUUUUCUAUUCAGUGGCUGUAGUGUUAUGCCGAGUUUGUACUGUUUUUCUUUUCCUACUCCUUAUUCUGGUUUUACAGUAUAUUAAUAUAUUUACCUUCCUUAUUUUCCUUUCUUUGAAAUAACAGCUAUAUUUUUCAAUAAAAGAGAAGCUGGUAAUCUUUAA